ACCAUCAACCCAUGCGAGUGUGACGUCAUCGUGCGUCAACUCCCCAGUCCCCCACCAUCAUCGUUCUACAGAGGAAGAAAGGGGGAGACGGGCAACCUGUAUAGAACGCUUUCACAAAAAUAUGAGCGGCAGCGGGCGGCCCAGGACCAGCUCAUUUGCUGAGCCUCCCGGAGCUCCCGGAUCCGCUGUAGCCGGCGCCGGAUCAGCAGUCGCCGGCGGAAGCUCGACGGGAAAGGCUGGGGCUUCGCAAGCCAGUGGAAGCAGCUCGACGAGCUUCGGGAAUUUAAAGCUACCCCGUGACAGUGGCAAAGUGACCACAGUGGUGGCCACGCCCGGCCAAGGCCCUGACCGCCCACAGGAAGUGUCCUACACGGACAUUAAAGUAAUAGGAAAUGGCUCCUUUGGAGUGGUCUACCAAGCUCGCCUCAUCGACAGCCAGGAGAUGGUGGCCAUCAAGAAAGUUCUGCAAGACAAAAGGUUUAAAAAUAGAGAGCUGCAAAUUAUGCGCAAGUUGGACCACUGCAACAUUGUGAGGCUACGUUACUUCUUCUACUCCAGUGGUGAGAAGAAAGAUGAAGUCUAUCUGAAUCUGGUGCUCGACUUUGUCCCUGAGACGGUAUACAGGGUGGCCCGGCACUUCAACAAGGCCAAGACCACCAUCCCUAUCAUUUAUGUAAAGGUGUACAUGUACCAGCUGUUCAGGAGCCUGGCGUAUAUCCAUUCCCAGGGCGUAUGUCACAGAGACAUUAAGCCCCAAAACCUUUUGGUGGACCCAGAGACAGCCAUCCUCAAACUCUGUGACUUUGGCAGUGCGAAGCAGUUGGUUCGGGGGGAGCCCAACGUGUCCUAUAUCUGCUCGCGCUACUACCGCGCCCCGGAGCUCAUCUUCGGAGCCACCGACUACACGUCCAACAUUGACAUCUGGUCGGCCGGCUGCGUGCUGGCAGAGCUGCUGCUGGGGCAGCCCAUCUUCCCCGGGGACAGCGGAGUGGACCAGCUAGUAGAGAUCAUCAAGGUUCUUGGAACACCGACAAGGGAGCAGAUCCGAGAGAUGAACCCCAACUACACAGAGUUCAAGUUCCCACAGAUUAAAGCUCACCCUUGGACAAAGGUGUUUAAACCCCGCACGCCACCAGAGGCCAUCGCUCUCUGCUCUCGCUUACUGGAAUACACGCCAGUCACCCGUCUGUCUCCGCUGGAGGCCUGCGCACACGCCUUCUUCGACGAGCUGCGCCAGCCCAACACUCGCCUGCCCAGCGGGCGGGAACUGCCGCUCCUCUUCAACUUCAGUCCCGUCGAGCUGUCUAUCCAGCCUCAGUUGAACUCAACACUCAUUCCUCCUCACGCCCGUGCACAGACGACGCCUGCUACACAUGAUGGCAGCGUGUCGGACAGUACCGCCCAGCCCAGCUCAGCGCCUGGAUCCAUCAGCAACAGUACCUGAGCAGCCAACACCACACGCAUACACCCCCCCAAACCCCCACCCCCACCACUACUACCACUACCACCAACCACCCUGCCAUCAUUUUCUUUUUGUCUUCAUUCACACUUCCUCUGCUGCUCUUCUUCCUCUCACUAUUUCAUCCUCCUGGCUCCAAGUUAGAAAGACUAUAGACACACAACCUCCAUACUCAUGCAUUGAUAUCCCCCACCCUCUCUGAAUUAUGAUGUCUGUGAGCCUUUAGAGGAGCUUGUUCUUAGGCUUUAUGUAUUAACUGACUUUAUAAGUCCUCUUAGGGUAAAAAAAAAGAUCCCACUGGUUACAUGGAAUGUUCUGGGAGAUUCAGAUUUUUAUCCAAUUCAUUUUUUAUGUUCAUUUUAUUUACCUUUUUUAUGUGCAGCCACGGGUGGUCCAGAUUGGUGUUGACAAUCAUCCAAAAUCGUCCAAAAAAUGUUAUGUACUGGAUGUUUCUGAUGGGGCAAUACCCUCUCUGUCCACUAGGGGGCGUCUGUUGUCACUUUGUAACCUAAGGCGCCACGCAGUCAUCACCCACUUAAGUUUUUUUUUUUUUUUUAAACAAACAAUCCUUGGUUGUUACCAGACAGACCAUUUG